AUGCGAUCCAAGUUCAAGGACGAGCACCCCUUCGAGAAGCGCAAGGCCGAGGCUGAGCGCAUCCGCCAGAAGUACUCUGACCGUAUUCCUGUUAUCUGCGAGAAGGUCGAGAAGUCUGACAUCGCUACUAUCGACAAGAAGAAGUAUCUCGUCCCCGCGGACUUGACGGUCGGUCAGUUCGUCUACGUCAUCCGCAAGCGCAUUAAGCUCUCCCCGGAGAAGGCCAUCUUCAUCUUCGUCGAUGAGGUAUUGCCGCCUACCGCUGCUCUGAUGAGCAGCAUCUACGAGGAGCACAAGGACGAGGACGGUUUCCUCUACAUUACCUACUCCGGCGAGAACACGUUCGGCGGCUUCGAGAUGGCUUAA